AUGCCAGCAGGUCCUUAUGUUAAUUCCGAUGAUAUCGAGACUUUGAUAACUGAAGUUGAAGUCGCCGCAUCAACACACGCAAAUUUUAAUGAUGAUGUAAUAAGCCCUUCUCAGAGGCCUGACACAUCACUAUACCUCGCAUAUGCUAUCAAUUUUGAUCCUGAACCGUCAUCUCCCUCAAGUCCACCAGCCUUUCCUUACCCUCAUCCAGUGCAAACGCACGGGCAGUUCGAGCAUCUAGAGCAACACUACAGCACUUGUUGCGCCCGCAAAUUGAAGAUUUGUGACAUGGCUGUCAAAAAAUCACUUGCAAAUUUUACCUCGACAAAUCACAUUCAGUCAGUACUAGCAGGUCACACAGAAUUCUCUAAUGUCUCUGAGUCUAGGGUUACUUCUCCUGCACCGAGGGAUGCACCACAGAGUUGCCGCUCCCGCACUGUUGCCGUGCCGCCAUCAACCUGUCCAAAAGCUGGUGCCCCUGCGCAGCUAACAUUCACACUCGUUCAAAUGCAGAAAGAGAAUGAGCUCCUGGCACCUUCACGCACCAAGAAGCAUAAGCGUGUAUAUAAUCUAUUACAUUGUGACACUCGCAUCCUCCCUGGGCUGCAAAGUGUGUCUUUUGGUAUUGGUGACAAGGAGUAUGGAGAGAUAUAUGUUCCGUCUCAUUUUCUGGUGUUCCAAUGGCAAGGAUACCUCGGUCAACGCUAUCCGACAUACUUCCACAGGCACUUCCACUCCACACUGUCCGUCCAUGUCCUUUCCGUGUCCACUAUCUCUGUUGUUCUUGCCCAUGGGUUCCGGAUGCUCACACAGUAG